AUGGCUUAUCUGCAUAAAAUUCCGUUGGCCGGACUGUUCAUCGUUUGUAUUAUUGCAUCGUCGUCUUUCAUUCAUGGGACGGAUGGAGGAACUAUUACCUUUCACUUCCCUCCCAGGACCAAUAUCAGUAUCGAUCAGUCAGCAGAUACUUUCUUUCUGAAGGACAGGAUAGAGCUUACUGCCAAUCAUUUAAAUGACAGCCUCAAACGGAGCCAUGGAUGGGCAGCUUAUAAUAAGUUAAUUCCUCUGUGGGAUUAUUCCUCUAAAGCUUUGGCAAAUUUUUCUACCCAUUUUCAAUUCUCCAUUUCUAUGGUUAAUGAUAGUAAGCUCACCGGGGAUGGACUCACUUUCUUCCUGGCACCCCCGGGACUGAACUCUGCGAACGAUUCUUGGGGAGAAUGUCUUGGCCUGUUUUCAGCUGCAAAUGAUGGAAACUCAUCGAAUCAGAUUGUUGCUGUGGAGUUCGACACAUUCAAGAAUCUUCCUUACGAUCCGGAUGAUAACCAUGUGGGAAUUGACGUCAACAGCAGGAAAUCAAAGAAAACCUUUUCAGUAAAUGGCCUUUACAGCAGCACGUCUCUCAAGAACGGAAAAAAAUGGGAGGCAUGGGUGGAUUACGAUGGUAAUAAAGAGAAGCUUGAAGUGUUUAUUUUAUUUAACCCCGAUGGGAGUUGUGCUUCUAAACCUGCAAGUCCAGUCUUGAGGUACGAUAUAGAUCUGCGUCAGUUUCUUCCACAGAACGUACAGGUUGGCUUUUCAGCGCCCACUGGCAACUUAAUUGAGACUCACACAGUAUACAACUGGAAUUUUUCAUGUCAAUAUUCGUGGGAGAUUCCAAACUCAGGCGCGAAUGCUUCUGGCUCAAGUCAAAGGAAAUCUUUUACAAAUAUAAUAUGGAGAUCCGCCUUGGCCUGUUUCGUUGGCGCAUUUUGUUUGAUUUUAUUUGGAAGUUGGUGGUAUAUGAGGACAAGGAAGAGCAACCGCGGUGGUGUUGAAGAAAGCGAUGAGGAAUUUAACAACUCGCUUCGCGAAACAGCCCAAUCUGCCCGUGAGUUUCCAUAUGCUGACCUCAGUGUCGCCACGAAUAACUUCAACAGCGACCAAAAGAUCGGGGUUGGCGGCUUCGGAUCUGUGUACAGAGGAACUUUGCCAGGCACAAACGAAGCUGUGGCAAUAAAGAGAAUAUCUCCAUCCUCAAGGCAAGGAAAACGUGAAUACAAAACAGAAAUUAGUAUAAACAGUAAGCUGAGUCACCAAAAUCUUGUGAAGUUUCUGGGAUGGUGCCAUCGGAAGGGCGACUUGCUUCUUGUUUACGAGUUACUCCCAAAUGGAAGUCUGGACAAAUAUAUUUUUGAAAAUCCGGAAGCUCCGCUGGAUUGGGAUCGGAGAUACAGCAUAGCCUGUGACAUAGCCUCAGCUCUGGUUUAUCUUCACGAGGAUCGGCAUGAGACCAUUGUGCACAGAGACAUCAAAGCGAGCAAUGUAAUGCUGGAUUUAAAUUUCAAAGCGAAGCUGGGGGAUUUCGGGCUUGCCAGAAUGGUGGAACGAGGAAAAGGAGGACAUACGACCACUGCAGCGGGUACGAUUGGGUAUAUAGCGCCGGAGUAUGUAGUAACUGGAAAGGCCACUCGGGAGAUGGAUGUGUUCAGCUUUGGAGCCCUGAGUCUCGAAAUUACCCGUGGAAGACGACCGGCAGAUUGGAGCUUGAUUGAACACAAUUCCAGAGUGGUGGAAUGGGUUUGGCACUUGCAUGGACAGCACAGAAUCCUUGAUGCAUCAGAUGAGAAACUGGGUAGAAAUUUCAAUGGUGGGGAAAUGGAACGGCUUAUGAAAGUGGGAUUGUUGUGUUCUCAUCCCGAUCCCAAUGCCAGACCGAAUAUGGAAAAAGUGCUGGGUAUAUUGAAAAGAGGUGCUGAGUUGCCUCAUGUUCCUCUAACGUUUCCUGUGGCUGUGUAUGGUUACCGUAUUCCUCCUGAGAACCUGAUGUCCUCCUCAGUCUCGAGCUCAGACGGAAUCGCUAGCAUUAUAGUCUCAACUGCGUCUGAAAUGAAUGAAACUCUCUAG